UUUAAAGCCGGAGAAGAAGAGUGAGCGAUUUGAUACACGGCACACGAAUCGACUACAUCGUCCAGUAAUUGGUUUGGAGACACUACAUUUCCACAAUGAGUCGUUCAUACAACGAUGAAUUGCAGUUUUUGGACAAGAUUGACAAGACGUGUUGGCGAAUCAAAAAGGGAUUCGUCCCAAACAUGCAGGUGGAGGGAGUCUUCUACGUCAACGAAUCGCUGGAGAAGCUGAUGUUCGAGGAGCUGAGAAAUGCAUGUCGUGGCGGAGGUAUUGGUGGAUUUCUGCCUGCCAUGAAGCAGAUCGGCAAUGUGGCAGCUCUGCCAGGAAUCGUGCAUAGAUCUAUAGGCCUGCCUGAUGUUCACUCCGGAUAUGGUUUUGCGAUUGGAAAUAUGGCUGCUUUCGACAUGAGUGACCCUACAGCAGUCGUCUCCCCAGGUGGUGUCGGAUUUGACAUUAAUUGUGGUGUGCGUCUGCUGAGAACCAACCUGGAUGAAGGAGAUGUGCAGCCGGUGAAGGAACAGCUGGCUCAGGCUCUAUUUGACCACAUCCCUGUAGGAGUGGGGUCCAAGGGAGUCAUUCCCAUGAGCGCCAAAGACUUGGAAGAGGCCCUGGAGAUGGGGGUGGACUGGUCUCUGAGGGAGGGCUAUGCCUGGGCCGAGGACAAAGAGCACUGCGAAGAGUACGGCAGAAUGCUACAGGCUGACCCAAACAAGGUUUCCUCCAAGGCCAAAAAGAGAGGACUGCCACAGCUUGGGACGCUGGGAGCAGGGAAUCACUAUGCUGAGAUCCAGGUGGUGGAUGAGAUCUACAAUGACUAUGCAGCCAAAAAGAUGGGCAUUGACCACAAGGGCCAGGUGUGUGUGAUGAUCCACAGCGGGAGUCGUGGGCUGGGACAUCAGGUGGCCACAGAUGCCUUGGUAGCCAUGGAGAAAGCGAUGAAGCGUGACAACAUUGUCGUAAAUGACCGCCAGCUCGCUUGUGCCCGCAUCAGUUCUCCUGAAGGUCAGGACUACCUGAAGGGCAUGGCAGCUGCAGGCAACUACGCCUGGGUCAACCGCUCCUCCAUGACCUUCCUUACACGCCAGGCCUUCUCCAAAGUGUUCAGCACUACACCUGAUGAUCUGGACAUGCAUGUGAUCUAUGACGUGUCCCAUAAUAUUGCUAAAGUAGAGGAGCACAUGGUGGACGGUAAACAGAAAACACUGCUGGUGCAUCGUAAGGGCUCAACACGGGCUUUUCCUCCUCAUCACCCCCUCAUUGCCGUAGACUACCAGCUGACCGGUCAGCCUGUGUUGAUUGGUGGCACAAUGGGAACCUGCAGUUAUGUGUUAACAGGCACCGAGCAGGGCAUGACUGAAACUUUUGGCACCACCUGCCAUGGCGCCGGUCGAGCGCUGUCCCGAGCUAAAUCCCGCAGGAAUCUAGACUUUCAGGACGUUUUGGAUAAACUGGCUGACAUGGGCAUUGCCAUCAGAGUGGCUUCACCAAAACUGGUCAUGGAGGAGGCCCCAGAAUCCUACAAAAAUGUAACAGAUGUGGUGAACACGUGCCAUGACGCUGGCAUUAGCAAGAAGGCCAUCAAACUUAGACCCAUUGCUGUAAUUAAGGGUUAAACAUGAGCUACCACUAAAUGGUUUAACUGACAGAUCACGCCCUUGGGCAAAUAAACAGAUCGGAUGAUUUGGGAACAUGGAUGGAUGGGGGGCUGUUGUUGAAGUGGAUGUACAUUCUUUGUAGAGGCAAGACUUUUGCAUACAUGUGCAUCAUGCUGUGUGGAGAGAAACUUGAUCAACAAAUUUGAAAAUGUUGAUUUUUUUUUUGUUUGUUUUUUUUGGCCUAAUAGCUUAACUGUUCUAAAAACUUGUAGCUAAAAUGUAUUUUCUUUUGAGAUGAUAUGAAAAAAAAAAAAAUAAAGCACCAAUGAUGUGACAGUAGCACUGCAAAAGUA